AUGAAUAAGUAAGUUUAGAAUGGUUUUAAGACUCCAGAUAAAUCAUCACAAAAGUUAUCCUAAUAUAAUGGAAAAUGUGUAUGCUAGAUUUGUACAUGUGGAAAAGAUAAAUGUCCUCCUUAAUAAUUGCAUGUUAAUCCAUCACAUUUUGAUACUACAAAUCGUAAAUCUUAUGUAAAAUGGGAUAUUAAGAAAACUAAACCUAUAGUACCUGAAUAAUAUCGAAUUAAUCUUGGAACCUAAUCAUUUGUUUCAUCUUAUUAAAGAGAUUACACUCCUUAAAAAACUCCAGAAAGACAAACUAGAAAAACUUAAGAAACUACAAUACCAUUUCAUAGACCCUUUAUUUCAUCUACAGAAUAUAAUCAAAAAUAUCAACCUUAUGAUACUAUGGCUGUAUCCAUGAAGCCUUAAUAUUUUUAUUAAGAGAACCCAAAUAAAUUAUAAACUAGCACAACAUACAGUGAAAACUUUAAAGUUUAACCAAUAUCAAAUUAAUAUUAAAUCAAACAUCAUGAUUAGUCAUUUACUCCUACCAAAGUUUAAUUUAAUGCUAAUUCAAAAUAUUAAGAAGAUUAUACAGCAUAAAAAGGGUCAAGAGCAACUCCGAUAAAACAUAAUAAUUAAUCACCUUUUGGAGGAGUUAACUUUGAAAAGUUUUCAUCUUAUUAAAAAGAUUAUUAACAACUUGACGAAGAUACUUAUAAAAAACCUUAAUGUCCAAUUAGAAUGCUUCCAGUUCCAGAUAGGUAAUAUUUAUUAUCACAAUUAAUAGAAGUAAGAGUCCUAACAAACAUUUAAUGUUUAGUGCUUAGAAAAAUGAUUGGGAAUGA